GGUAAGUAAAGAAUGAGCUGAAGAAAUAAAGGAGUAGAGGUGGGAGUCUGCGGGUAUAUUACAUCCCGAUUGCUGGAUGAUGAGCACAGUUCGACAUGGCAAGGAGUAAAAUAAGCAUCGGCCUCGUGGCCCUACUGGUACUUACCGCAAACGCUUAUGAUUUUAGGCAUACGAGAUCCUCGUCAUCGAGCAGUUCCUCGAGUUCAAGCUCGGGUGGAAUCGAUGGCAAAACUCACACGAAGACGGAUACUAAAGUAGAAGGCGGUGGUACUGCUGAUGCUGAUGCUAAGGCAGUAGCUGAUGGUGGUCUGGUAUUUGACGAUGAUAAUUUUGGGUAUGGUCUCAGUGGAGGUCAUGGGGGACAUGGUCUUAAUUCUGGAUACGGAGCAACUGGUGGCCAUGGUGGAGGUGGAGCUGGACAUGGCCUAGUUGGUGGAGGUGGACAUGGACAUGCUGGAGGAGGAGGCUUUGAUCAUGGAUACUCCGGUGGAAGUGGUUAUGAACAUGGACAAGUUGGUGGCGGAGGCCAUGGGCAAUAUGUGGGAGGACAAAGCGGUCAUGGGUAUGCUGGUGGACAGAGCGGAGUUGGUGGACAAUACGGUGGAGUUGGAGGUGGAACUGGUUAUGGAAAUGGUCUGAGUACUGGUGGAGCCGGAGCUAAUGCUGGAGCUGGAGCUAAUGCUGGUGCGACGGCUCAGGCCCAGGCUGGUGCGACUGCGACUGCUGGAGCUUCCGGUGUCGGAGGCGGAUAUGGUAGUCCAGGAUAUGGAGGUGCUGGACAUGGGGCCGGACAUGGAGGCGGAUAUGGAGGUAGUCAAUUUGGAAGUGGUGGUGGUUAUGAAGAGAGUGGUUUUCAUGCUAGUGGUGGUGGUUAUAAGCAUGAAAGUAGUUAUGGAAGUGGUGUAGGAACUGGAGGAGGACCAAUUAUUCUUAAUGGUGGAGACCAUGGAAGUCAUGGUGGAGGUUUUGGUAUUGUCGGUAGUGGCGAUGAAGGCCAUAAAAGUGUUGGUGGAGGUCACGGUGGUUUUGAAGAGCAUGGUAGUAUCGGUGGAGGUCAUGGAGGUUUUGAAGAGCAUGGCAGUGUCGGUGGAGGUCAUGGAGGUUUCGAAGAGCAUGGCAGUGUCGGUGGAGGUCAUGGAGGUUUUGAUACUAUUGGCGGCCAUAAAGGUGUCAGCGGAGGACACGGUAGUUUUGCAGAGCAUGGUAGUUAUUCAGAGCAUGGUAGUAUAGGUGCAGGUCAUGGAGGCCACGGAGGUCAAGAAGUUUUUCUGGGCGGCCACAAAGGCAUUGGUGGAGGACACGGUGGUUUUGAAGAGCAUGGUAGUACUGGCGGCCAUAAAGGCGUUGGUGGAGGUUUAGGAUAUGGAUCUUCUAACACUAAUAUUAAUUCUAUUUCUAACGCUAACGCUCAAGCUCAAGCACAAGCUCAAGCUCAAGCUGGAGCAGGAUCAGGAGCAACUGGUGGUGGAUACAACUCUGGGUACAAUGGUAAUUACGGUACCCAUGGUUCAGGUGGACAUGGCUCAGGUGGAUAUGCUUCAGGUGGACAUGGACAAGGUGGAUAUGCUUCAGGUGGACACGGACAGGGUGGAUAUGCAUCAGGUGGACACGGAUCAGGUGGAUAUGGUCAAGGUACUCACGGUGGUAAUUAUGAUCUUGGUGGUGGUCAUGGAUUGGGACAAAUUGACCCAUGUUUCUCUCCUACUAGUAUCGCUUGUGCUGGAUUUGGUAACACGGGUGGUUACGGAGGAAAUGGCGGCUAUGGAAGUCAUGGCGGUGCUGGUGGACAGCACGGCGGUUCCGGUGGUGGAUACUAUCAAGGAGCUGGUGGACAACACGGCGGCUCAGGUUAUGGCGGUGGAGCAGCAAACGCAAAUGCCCUAGCCAAUGCUAAUGCCAACGCCAAUGCGAAUGCCAAUGCCGUCGCAAAUGCACAGGCUACUGCUGGAGGGGGUGCAACUGCCAAUGCUGUUGCCAACGCCAAUGCAAACGCACUUGCCUCUGGUCAGGGUAAUGCCUACGGAGGUGGUUAUGGAAACGGUUACGACAACGGCUACGGACACGGUUAUGGAAACAACAACGGAUUCGACAUAUUCUCGCGUGUCGGAGAAGAUGCGGACGGUGAAAAAGGAGGCAACAAGACUCCGGAAGUAAAUAAAUCUGGAACUGUUGACAAUGCCAAGGGAGUCUACAGCAGCAGCUCAUCUAAAGUUGAUGACAAAGGCAAGGGUACUUAUCAUGUCGAAGCUGGAAAAAUUAAUUGAUUUUAUAAAUUGAUUAAUUAAUUGAUAGCGUAUUAUUUAAAUCUCAGUAUCUAUAAGUUUAUAAAUAAUAAGUUAAUGAAAGAAAAACUAGUUUGUAAUUUAAAGAGAACAAAAUAUUAAAUAAAUACAUACGUUU